GGUCAAUGAAUCCCGAGCCUGAGUGCAGUCGACGAGUCCGUUCUCGAACAUGUGAAUAUUGCAAAGUAUUGCAAAGGAGGAGAAAGGAAGACAUAACCAGACGGAAAUGGAGAUGGAAAGAGAAACAGAGAACUUGCUUUAAGAUGUUAUAGGGGCCGCGAACUCAAGGAUAGUACGUGUGCGAGAGUAAAGAAGCAAGUACACGACUUGAAUGAAGUCGCACCUUGACAUCGUACACAUUUAUGCAACCCAGUGCCAUUGACUUCGCGUUCCGCGCAAGCAUAUCCACAGGCCCGACGACGUGGUUAUCCAGCGUCGUAACUUGCCCAUCCCCUUAUCUCCCUGCUCGCGCUCGUCAUCACGGCGCCAAAGAAGGUGGUACGGACAUGGUAUGCCCAGCCCUCGCGGCGUACCGCUGCUCCCCGGAAGAGACUGUGCGGCGAAAGAAUGGGUGCCAAUGCCUAAUCGACCUCAUAGAGGGCUUGUAGCUGCCUUGGAACUAAGAUCUGAUCGGACGAUGAACGCAAUAGGGUCAACAUGGGAAGAAAGUGUGACCUUCCGAGCUGAUGACGAGUAGCUCAGAUAGCUUGGUGGAUGCCUUCUUUUUUUCGCUCGCGCACAGUCUCCGUUGGCUUCCCCGUUGGGAGCGUUCCACAGGUAGGGGGUUUACCCUUGAUCCACAUCGUUCCAUAGCUAUUCAUCGGGUACAGG